GGAAGGUGGUUUGUUCGCGCGCGUUAUCGACACAACAAUGUUUUUAUUAUUACUGUUCGCUUUUCUCUGGGGCGUUUCGAUCUCGGAACCGCUGCUCCGCACCUGUGAGCCCAUAAGGGUUGAGAUGUGCACAGGCUUGGGUUAUAACAUGACGGGGAUGCCCAAUUUAGGGGGCAACGAUAUCCAACAGGAGGCCGAUUACAAUUUGAAGUCUUUUUCUCCUCUGAUCCAGUACGGCUGCAGCCAGCACCUGAAACUUUUCUUGUGUUCUGUUUAUGUGCCCAUGUGUACCGAGAAGGUGGCCAACCCCAUAGGACCAUGCAGGGGACUUUGUGAGAGUGUCAGGUCCCGGUGCUACCCCGUUUUGCAAGGUUUCGGGUUUCCCUGGCCAGAUGCCCUGAACUGCUCCAGAUUUCCUGUGGAGAAUAACCACGAACACAUGUGCAUGGAGGGGCCCAAAGACAAAGUUGACGUGAGGGCCCCGGUGGACCCGGCCGUGCAAAAAUUCGACUGCGGACCCCACUACGUGAAGAGCAACGGGGGAUGUAUGCCGCCCUGCGAUUCCAACCUCUUGUUCGAUGAGUCGGAAAAGAAAUUCGCUGAGGUAUGGGUUACGGUCUGGGCCCUAAUAUGCCUCGUCAUCAGCUUGGGAGCAGUCCUGACCUUGACCAUAGGCGGAGGCCGCGUGAAGGCUAGGCCCCUGGUCAGUUUGGCACUCUGCUAUGUCUUGGUGAGCGCCGGUUGGGCGUUGAGGAUGUUCUCGGGGAGAAUGUCGGCUUCCUGUCCCAAGGUUCCCGAAGACGGCCUGUCAAACGUCAACUGUGCGUUCGUCUUUCUUCUCCUGUACUAUUUCGGGAUGGCUGCAAAUGCGUGGUGGGUCUGUCUUUGCGCUUGGUGGGUUGCCAGGGUGGGUCUCUCAUGGUCCCCUGAAAAAAUGAGGAGUUUGAGUUCGGUCCUUCAUGUCUGUGCUUGGGGAUUCCCAGCAGCCCAAACAGUUGCGGCUCUAGUAAGGAGGGAUGUCGACUCUGAUGACUUAACAGGAACAUGCUACAUAGGAAACAGAAACUCAACCACGCUGCUGUCUCUCGUCCUGAUCCCAUACUUUCUCUACUUCACCUUUGGAACGCUUCUGCUCAUUUUGGGAUGCACUUAUGUCAUCAGAAAACCGCGCCCCCUAGCCGCUGCUCCCCUAACUAACGCGGCGCCAAGAAAAGAAAGUGACUUCCUAGGAGCUAUAUGCACCCUCUACGCAAUCCCUACUUUCUGCGUUAUGGCUAGCAUUUACUACGAAUACAACAACAGAGAGAAAUGGCUAUCGGAAGAAAGGAAACCUGCGCUGUGGGCUUUCUUGCUGAAAUACUUUAUGGCGCUAUUCAUCGGUGUGAGUGCGGUGUUUUGGAUUUGGUCUAUGAAAAGCGUCACCGCAUGGAAAUCGGUUUUGCGAAGGCUGGGCCCUAGGAAACAGCCACCCUUAAAAGUACAAAACAUACCACCUGUUAUGAGAUACGUACCUGCACAAACAUUGUCUACUAGUUUAAGCACUACCUCGAGGCACUCUACGCGGUCACAUCCCCAUAGAAAACCGAGAGUCCAUCAUAUGAGAACCGGUGGAGAAACCGUCAUAUGAAAAAUGUUCUUAAUUUUUAUUCAUAGGAUUUCUAUCAUCGAGUUUCGGUUGCUUUUAUGAAAAGUGACAAGGAAGCCAUAAGACGUCGGGCCGCAGCCCAAAAGAAAAUAAAGGAAAUCAAUCCUUCUGUAUUUUUUUGUAAAUAGACUGUGAUCUAAUUUGUAUACAAAUAUUUAUUUUUAUAUAUACACAACUCCUGGCCGUACAGUUUUUUGUACUACAAGUAUUAAUAAUAAUAGAGUAACAAGUUCUCCCAAAUGCCUUCUAAAAGUCAGUUUUAUGACUUAACCAGAUAUAGGAGAGGGUUUUUCAGACUUAAGCCUCCACAAAGACUACAUAUCUGCCUGACUCAUUAAAUUGUAGUGAACUAUUAGUUUCUGUUAUUUUUGUACAUAGAAAGGUGCCAUUACAUUAUAUGUUUCUUUAUUAUCUAAACGCUACUAUUAGUAAUUAAUUGUAAGACUUUUAUACAUAUUUUAAAGAUCUUUUAAUAUUUAUUUAGGUAAGUUUGUGUAAAAGUGUCUAAUAUUGUGAUAUAUGU